AUGCCCCCUCUGAACACUAGAGGUCAACCUGAGAGCGACAAGGAGCAGAGAGAGCAGCACGGCCGCAGGCAGAGAGAAAAGGACCAUCGGGGGAAAGAUGAAGAGAGGAAACGACAGAGGCACCACUAUGAAUUUGACAAGUUUAUGCGCCGCAAAGAUGAGACAAAAUGGGGGAAGGGCUACUGCCAAGACAGAGCCAAGAAAGAGGGGCACCAUCAUGGCUAUUCUUACUGUCCUGAUGGUGGAGACAAACUGGGGAAGGAGGACAGGGAGGAUGUGGGUAACAGGAAGGAACGCCUCCGAAACAAGGUGAGCGAGAAGGUGCUGCAGACUCCCACCGCAGAACAAAAACAUGCAAAUAAGGACCGUCCCGCCAUGCAGCUCUAUCAGCCGGGCGCACGCAACAGGAAGCGCAUGAGCUCGGCUGGAAAAGGCUACGACUGCAUCGCCGUGGGACACUCACCGGAGCCCGGGACGGAGCACUGCUACGAGGCUGUCCCCAUGGCAACAGGGCCGGAGAAGGGGUACGAGAAAAGCAAAGAGGAACAGUGAGCAGGAUGGAUGUUUCAAAAAGAACAAUUAUUCAGCCUAAGUUGAUGGGGAUAAGUUUGACAGGUCAUCAAUGAGCUUUUAAAUGACAUGAACUGCAUUGAGGGAGAAAGGCACUUCAAAAGCCUUUUUAUUUGAGUAAGAUGUAACAGAGUUCAGAGCUUUUAAUGUUGGUUAAUUAAGGUUUCUGUUUUGCUGUUUAGCAUGAACAUUGUUAAUACACAAUACAUAUUUUAUCUCAGUGUUUAGUCUGUCUAAGAAUCCUUGGAAUAAAGCAUGUCAACAAUACAACAACGAACACAUAAUAACAGUUACCUUUAUGAUAGCACAACAGCCAUUGUCAUACAGUAAUACCACUAUGUUGAAAUGUUGUGAUAAGAGGCAGCUCACCUGUGAUAUCCAUCAACAAUUUUCCCGCCGAAAACAUUACCUCAUCCUCUGCAACUGAUCGUGUUGCUGCGCCUUUGUAGACUUCUCCGAACCUGGAUGUUUUUAAUACAUUUUAUCAAAAUUAAAUAUAACGUAAGUAAAUCUUACAAAUAAUGGAUGUAGAAAAUUCAACAGAUGAAAUCCUGUUUUUAUUUUUUUUUGUGUAAAGUUGAGCAAAUGAGAGGGAAUAAGAGUUGUUGUUGAUAAGAAAAGGAAACUGUUUUUCCGCCUUUUCCUAGUUUUUAUGUCUUAAUACAUUUGGGCAAUCAUAUAUUGUGACGGUGUUAUCCAACAGAGACAGAAUUGUUUUGUGAGCUCUAAGCUUUGUACAUGAUCAUCAAUGAGCCAAGAAGAACACAAUCUCAAAAUUGAGAUGAAGCGUUUAGAGAAUUAAUUAUGAGCAAUUAUGACACAGAUAAAUAAAAAAAUACAUUUUCUAUGCUGUGUGCAUGGUUUUCUAUUCACUCUGUCAAGUAAAGGUGCAUUGAAAAGCCACAAAUAUUGAUAAAGUAAUGUGUCUAAUAUCAUUUUUGCAUAUGACCUAACAGCUGUCUAUCUAUUUCCUUUUUCUUGAAGUUAAUACAAAUAAAGCUCUUGUUCCGUUAUAAGACAUUUUAUCAGUGUUUCUGUUUUUAUGUACGCUCUCUGACAGUUUGGGUGAGGCAGCAUUUUCUUCAGCAAUGUCCUUAUUAUGAAUAAAGAAAUGAUAGAUAUGA